CUUGCCUCUGCUCGCUCUUUGACAGCUCCACUCGACUCGACUCGUCUCGUCUCUCUCUCUCUCCACACAUCCUCUCGAUACUCUUCUCCUCUCCGUUCACUUGACAUCGCGACGACCUCCUCACUACUCUCCACUCUCCCCUCCCCGCAUCGCAUCGCAUCCGCAUCACCCGCAUUCCUUCAGCGCGCCCCCCUCAACACCGAUCCACAAACCACAAACCACACACCACCACAAAACAAAAUGCACCCCCUCCGCGCUGCCGCUUUCUGUGCCCGCGCGAGCAACUUCCCUCGCCCUUCCUGCUCUGCCAUCUACCACCGCCGCACCCUCUGCAUGCCCCCCUUCCGCGGCACCCUCGAGGCCUCCGACGACCCCCUCCCCACCGACCAGGAAGCCUUCGACGUAAAGUCCACCCCAGACGUCUCCGCUGCCGAUGGCAUCACCCCCGAGGCCGCCCUCGCCGAGCUCCGCCGCCUCCGCAACAACACCGACCUCACCCCCGCCGACCUCGGUAUCCACACCCCUACCCCCAUCGCACCCUUCACCGACGUCGACCCCGUCACUGGCUUGGUCGUAGGUCCGGUCAAGCGGGGCUUUUUCUCCAAGAAGGCGGCUUAGAACACACACCCACACACAAUGCCUGAUGACUCGACGCCAUGCCCAUCGCCCAAACGCCUAGACACUCCAACGCCUACAAAAUAUUCAGACAAGACCCAAAGUCAAACUAAAAGUAACGACAGCAUUGUCCUUUGACGCCCUGCAUUUCAUCGCACAGCAGUUUCUAAUCACCUCGUUGUACAUUCGCCCCCGCCUGCCAUGAUUGCCAUGUAUCCAACAUUCUC